AUGAAAGCCCUGAGCCUGUCGAAAUUGCUCUGGACUGGUCUUGCACUCUUUGCCCUACUUCUCUGGCUGGCGAGCAACGUGGUGGUCGUGGCAGAUCUUCGUCAACCACUGCGAGAUGUGUACCCUACCAUGUUUCUGAUGAGGCAAGGGUUCAGCCAUAUUCCCGCGAGCAAUCCUGCCUACAAGUUUGGCAGCCACUGGCAGCAUGCGUUGGACGGACGAAGAUCAACGAGCGCUUCGGAUACCUAUGUUGAGGUGACAGUCGCAAACACAUCCUGUGUCUAUCUCGAAGUGAGCUUGUACUGUCGCAGGAACGGCCCAUCAUCACCACCAGCGCCGAACGCCCGGCACGUCUCUUCGAUGCGAGAUCAUGGCUGUGAUUCAGAUGUUUUGCAAUCCGGCGCGAGACUAAGAGUCAAGAUUCAGGAUCGGACAGAACGGGAGUACCACGUUACCCACGGCAAGACAGUCAAGCUAGCCUGCGGUCUCGCUCAAGACCAAGCACAUCACAUUCGCAUCCGGGCUCUGCUUCCUUCUGAUCCUUCGAAAGGAGUGCGGCUGAAAUUCGAUGGCCUAUGGCUGAACCGUGAAGGAUAUCUGGUCCGCGCGCUGGCCGCUGGACAGCCGUAUAUCGAGGUGGCCUCCGCUACAAAUUUGAGCAUUCCGAGCUCAUAUCCAUCGUUAUUGGCAUCAAGACUCAACAUGUCACACGUUGGCAUAGAUACAAGAAACAAAUGCUUGUCAGCCCACAGCGAAGGUGGUUGCAGCGAUCUCAGGAGCCAUCACUUCGGGAGUAGGAACACAUGCACACCUCUUGGAUUCUUCUCUCACCGCUUCGAUGUCGAGGCACCCUCGGCACACAUCCUAGAGCUGGGUGAGUCUGAUGCCCUUCAUAUACUCCGCCCUGGGGUCACAGAAGAUCAGGUCGGUCAAGCUGUGGACGCCCUUGUCAAACAAUAUCGCGCGUUCAUUCACUCCAUCCGAGCUACGGCUCACGAGUACGCGUCAGGCCACGGCAUAGCCAUGAAUGUAAUCGAGACCAGCUACGCCUAUAACUCGGACAGUAUGGCUACACCCAUACUCUUGCUUGUCCCUUUCACGCGUUCCCGUCAGGCACGCCAGCUACUGAGAUCGAUCGUUUCAAGGACGGCGCAGGAGGCUAGGACGGAUGGUGACUUGUACGUGGUCUGGGCUGACACAGAGAGAUGGGUCACCAAGGACGAUAUGCUUCGAGGGAACGACAGCGCGGCAGGGCAGCUGUCUGAUCAUGCCCACACGAAGAUCGCUUUUGGUCUGUCUGAGAUUCUAUGCCCACUAAUGCCAGUGGUGGCUGGUUGCCACUACCAUGUUCCACGCAAAUACGAUGGUGAGCUUCAUCUGCCGGACGCAGCUGGUAUGGGCAGACUGCUUGAGGAACGGAAACUGGCGCUGAUCAAAGAAAGACUGGGUAUUUUCGGGGCCAGCUAG